CAAAACCAGUCACGUGAUGUGUCAGUGCCGCAUGUAAACACAGCUCAAGUGUGUUUACUUCUCGUGGGACGUAAUUUACAGUUUUUCAACAUAAAACGUGAUUUGACCAAAUUAUGGAGGUUGAAACUGCCAGACCAUACUUCUUUGGAGACAUAGGCUGCUGGUCGGAGAGGACCGAGGUGCACAAGGCGGCUUCCGACGGACAUGUUGCCCAGCUGCAGCAGCUCAUCCAGAGCGGAGCCUCUGUCAACAUAGUGGCUGUGGACUCCAUCACCCCCCUCCAUGAGGCAUGUGAAAGGGGGCAGACCCAGUGUGUCAGGCUGCUACUUGAUGCUGGAGCACAGGUGGAUGCCCGUAACACGGACGGUAGCACGCCUCUGUGUGAGGCCUGCUCGGUCGGGAGCUUUGACUGUGUGAGGAUGCUGCUGGAGCAUGGGGCCAAGGUGAACCCCACCCUCUCUUCCCGGACCACCUCACCCCUACACGAAGCCUGCAUGGGGGGUAAUGCUGACGUUGUGAAGAUCAUGAUCGCUAAAGGUGCCAGUCUGGAGGCAUAUGACCUGUAUUAUGGGACCCCACUACAUGUGGCAUGUGCCAACGAACACACAGACUGUGUCAAGGCGCUACUCAACGCAGGUGCCAAAGUGAAUUAUGCUCGGCUGCACAAGACGGCCCUGCACCAUGCUGCUAAAGUGAAGAGUGUAGACAUGAUCGACCUGCUGGUGGAGUUUGGGGCGAACGUCUACGCCAAAGACAAAAACGAUAAGAAGCCCAUUGACUACAUCGAACCCGGCUCUCCCGCUGCACUCUGCUUAGAGUUUUAUGAAAGUACUCCAUUGAGUCUGCAGCAGCUGAGCAGAGUGGCCCUGAGGACGAUGUUGGGUAUCAGAGCUCUGGAGGUCGUAGUUCAACUGGACAUACCAAAGCAAAUCAUUAGCUUCCUCUGUUACCACUGACCCUGACACCAUUAUCUUACUAAGGAGAAGGAAGGAAGCUCAGAGACUGAAACCUUUCAAUCAAACAUCACAAUUAUCAAAAUGCUAUAGUCUGAACCUUAGAUACCACUAGAUUAGAUGCAUAAAAAGAAUAUGCAUACAGCAAAGCACAGGUUUCCAAAUGUACAAACCAACAGUAUUUUUAAGCAGAGCUCUUUUCUCUUUGAUGUCUUCAGAAUGUGUGCCAUAUCAACACAUUCGAUACAUAUUCAAAUAACAGAAGCAUAGGAGGUUUUAAUGGGGACUUUUCAGAUACAUUUUAUUCUUAGAACUUCCAUAUCUUGUACACCUACAUAAAAGACAAAUGGAGACCCUCAGGGAAAACGAGGAAGAGGGGGAGAGGAGAAAAGAAAUGGAGGAGAGGAAGUGAUUUUGGCAGCUUAUCCUGUCCACUCUGCAACACCAGCUGUGGACACUACACCAGCAUCUUAGUCGCCAUGACAAUGCGGCAGCAACACAACCAUUAGCAACACAUCCCAGAUCUCCGAUACAUCCUCAGGAAUGAGAAACGAUGUUGCAGCAGGAGGAUGAGCAGCGUUCCUGUUGACACUCUCCAGAUGACACUGUGUAUCCCAGAUUCCUCCCUGACAUCGGAACAGAAACCACACCUGACAACUGGAUGUGUUUGAGUCGGACGUUGUGGAAUCCAGGCAACAGAGAAGCACCAUGGAAAAAUAUCCUGCUUUUUUACUGUUAGCGUCUCUGAUCUGUUGCAUCCGCUAUAGCUGAGACGUCCCAGACCUGAAUACAUUGUCUGUUUUUGGGGUGUGGGAUGAGGGUGAUGUAUGGAUUCCUCAGAGUUACACGAUGUCUCUUAGGUCACUGUAUUGGUACUGUUGUUGUUUGACAUAAUCCAUCUUAAUAAUGGGAACAGAGGAAUAUGUCUGUUAUUAUCAACAUGAAGUCUAUGUAAGGCAAUGUGCAUUAAAUCACAAAGUGUGUUUAUAAAAGAUUAUGACCUAUUUAAUCUCACCCCACUGGGCACACUACCUCAUUUCAGUGUGGAUAAUUGGGUAAUAUUUGGUUGAGAUUACAACCUAUAUUAA